AUAGGAAGUUGCCAAAAGACUCAUUUUUGGUGCUGGCCUUUUGUUCUUGUGGAUCUGAUUUCUGUACCCAACAUCUGCUUGUGUUUGUGAAGUGUGCAUUCUGUGAUCUUGAAGUGUAUGACAAACAGAAGCAUGAAGUUGGAGGUGCCAGAUGCAUUUGAAGAUGUUGCUGUUGAUUUUUCAAGGGAAGAGUGGAAGAUGUUGAGCAACCAGGACAAAGAGCUGCACAGGGAAGUGAUGGUACAGAACUAUGAGCACAUGGUGUCAGUAGGGUUCAACAUCCCAAUGGAACAACUGCUCCUACUGAUUGAAAAACAAGAGGAACUCGUACCUGAUUCUCUGGAAGGAGCAGUGACCCUGCCCCAGAAGAACAGUUGUGAUGAACCCUCUAGCAUCUGCAGGGGCACACAGUGUAAUAAGACUCCAUAUCAGAUGGUAUUAAAGAAGGAACCUCUGAAUUCUGAAUGUGUCAAGAACUUCGCAGGUCAGAUGUCUGCUACAAGAGAUGAAUUAAUUCAGACUGGAAAUGAACUCCAUGAAUACAUGGAAUAUGAUAAGAGUUUUAAGCAGGAGAAUGAAUUAAAAAUGCAUUUGCAAACUCAUGAAAUGGAGGUAUUAUACAAAGCUGACUGUAAAGAGGGUUUGGUAUUGCCUGAUAACUUUGUAACAUACUCUCAGAGUCAUAAUGAGGGUAGAGUUAUGAAUGAGAUCAUUACACAAAACAUCAUUAAAAAUCCUAAAAUAUUUGAUGAAAUUAAACAGGAGCAUGAAGACAAAGACAGCCUGACAAUAGAGAUAAAGAACUUUAAAUGUGAAUUUGACGAAAGUUUUACAGAGGAACCUUACCUUGCUGACAUUCAGAAAAUCAAAAUUGGGGAGAAAUCGCACACAUACGACAGUAAUUUUUCAUGGAGGUACCAGCUAACAUCCCAUAAUAAAACCCACACUGGGGAAAAGCUGUAUAAAUGUACAACAUGCGAUAGGAGUUUUCAGUGGAAGAGUACCCUUGUAGCCCACGAGAAAGUCCACACCGGAGAAAAACCAUAUGUAUGUGCAACAUGCGGCAAGAGUUACACAUUGAAGGGGAGCCUUGCAUACCAUGAGAAAACGCACACUGGGGAGAAGCCAUACAAAUGUUCAACGUGUGACAAAAGUUUUAUAAUGAAAUGCCAUCUCAUAGCACAUGAACAAACCCAUACUGGGAAGAGGCCAUUUCAGUGUGCAAAGUGUAGCAAGUUUUUUAAAAAGAAGGGCUCACUCACAGACCAUGAAAAGAUCCACACUGGGGAGAAGCCAUUUAAAUGUACCAUGUGUGACAAGAGUUUUAUGUGGAAGUGUGAACUCACAUACCACGAGAAAAACCACACUGGUGACAGACCAUAUAAAUGUGGAAUAUGUGACAAGACUUUUAAAAAGAAGUACCACCUUACAUGCCACGAGGGUAGUCACACCGGUGAGAAGCCAUUCAAAUGCUCAUUAUGUAACAAGAGUUUUAUGCGGAAGUGGAACCUCUCACACCACAUGAAAGGUCACAUGGGUGUAAAGCCAUAUAAAUGUGCAUUUUGUGACAAGAGUUUUAUGUGGAGGAGGCACAUGGCACAUCAUGAAAAACUCCACACUGCAGAGAUUCAAACAGUAGUGAUCUCAUGAAGUUUAACUGUGCCCUGACUUAGAAACGGUGUGCAUUCCUGUCAUGGUAAUAAAAUCCUUUACAUGUGGAGAAUUAAAAAAGGAAAAAUGUGAUUAGUACAUUAAGGACACUAACAAAGUUCCAGUAGUUCUGGGAGCGACCUGAAUAAUAACAGCAAAGGCCAAACUUAAUUAACCGGGUUACCAGUAGAGGUAACCCCAUAUAAUUUACACAAGAAUGCAGAUGUGUUUCACUGCAGAUGCACAGAGCAACUCUCAUGACAAUUAUCUGACUGAAGUGAUACUGAGUUCAUGAACCUCCUGGCACAGUAUUAAAAACAUUUAAAAACUUAAACCUGGGUAUCCCUUUAGGUGUCGAGAUGAAGUGAUAAAAUCAGUGUGAAAAGAAAGGAUAAUGUAGGAGGCACUGAAUGUAUCCUUAGGCCUUGGUCGGCACCUUUACAUGAGCACCCUCUUGUUUACAAAAUCUCCCCAAAGCAGAAGUAAUAUAUAAAUUGUCAUAUGUGUCAUGGAAAGAAAUAAAAUAAAAUAAAAAUGGUGGGUAGGCCCACAGAUCCCACAAUUAUAAAGUGCCCAAAGCUGCAGAUGCACAUGUGGACAUGGCUGGCAAUACGAUAGUGCAAAAUUCUCAAUACUUGAUGAAAAAGCCCAUCAACAUGUAAGAACUUGUUAUUAGAAACCCCACUGUGACAGAAGAAAAACAGUCCAUAAACAUUUUAAAAACUAUCUGGACAAACAUGAGUCUUUAAACAGUUACGAAAAAAGGAUAAAAAAAAUAAUGGGGAUAAAAAAAAAUAAUGGGUCGUUGAUGUUUUUAAAUUGUCUGAGCAUUCCCUGAGGAGUUACAAAAAUGGUACAAAGUAAAACAAACAACAGCAGUGAAAAAUCUAAAUGUUAACAGAUGCUGAUGUAAAACCCGUAAUACAGCAAAUUAAAAGAACACAGCAUAUGGGUAAAGAAACAUGGGCCAUCUACAGAAAGCUGCAGCAGAGGAAAUAGUACAGGAGAAAGAAGAAAUACUAGCAGUAAAAAAAGACGUUAUUGAGAAAAAUUAUUUUUAUGGUGCUGUUUAUGUAGAAAAGCAAGUCAUACUACAAACAGAUAUGACUGGAGCAACUUCAGAUAUAUUUUAAGAUAUAUGUAAAGGUAGAAACAUCUAGUCAUUUAAAGUAAUACAAGGAAGUCAGUAACCAAAUGAAGUAGACACUGAAAAUAAAGCAAUUUAGUAGUCUAAAUAGACCAGAGGUGCUAGACCAAUUAAGAAGAGAUAGAGCUGAAACUGAAACCCCCCCCCCAUUAAAGAAUAAAUGCAAUGAUGUGAAAUAAAACAGUUUGUUAGUACAAGAUAUGCUUUACAAAGUAAGAGUUUUGAGUCUUCUCAGAAGAUGCAUUUCAAUGCCCAGAUACGAUUAUCCAAAGGGAGAAAGGACUAGAAACACAAAUCAUAGAAGAAAUGACCAACAAAGACGCGAUUAGUCUAUUGUUUAUAGGUAAUUACUAAACUAAUGACCCGGGGGGGGGGGUCUUUUCAAGUUUUGUCAUGGGGGUGAAAUCAAACUCUGUACCUUGUGUUUGUAACACUUUAACCAUCAGUCUAACCCCCAACCCCUUUCGUCAACCCCAAACCCUUCUGACAGAAUUCUAAUGGAGAUGGACAGAUACACCUCAAAACAUGUGUAUAGCAUAUAUUACCAGAAAAUCAAUAAAACAAAUGCAUAUGAUAACUAUAACUGUUAGGAAAGGGUCAUACAUCAAAAAAGCUGUUAAAAGGAUGAUCUAGUAAUGAGAAUUACUAGGAGUUUAUAUCAAUAAAAAGAAGUAGAAUUUGACAAAGGAAACUCGCACACAGGAGACACAUGCAAAAUGAUUGCAAGACGUAUGCUCUCAUAAUAUAGGAAAGGGAACAGAGACUAAAAAACUCGGGAUAUUCCGAUAUUACAAAGAAAAGAAAGAGUUUAGAGUGAUUCCAAAUACUCCUUUAUGUAACAGAAUGAAUCAAAGUUAAUAGUGAAAAUCAAGUCCAGUAAGGUUCAAGUUGUAUUAAAAUGCUCUAAUGGAGACCUGCAAAAAGGGCUAGAUUGGCAGUAUAACAGUCAAAGAUCGUAGAAAAGCACUUGACUUCAUUCCACAAGAUAUAUAAUGUGCACUAUGUAUAAGUAAACUGCAUUGCAUUUACUAUGAAAAAGUAAAACAUCUUUGUACGAUUAAUACAUAAAGGGACUACUGCCAUUUCAGGUAUACAAAUUCAACAUGGGAUCUUCUAUAUUAUUCUUUAUCAUGUUGUUGCAUUGUUUUCUGUUCAGUCAAUUAUGUUUUUAUUUAAUAUAUUAAGCUAUAGA